AUGGUGCUCAGUAAAGAGCAGCAGAAGAAGGAUGCAGAAAUGAAGAAGAAUCUCGACGAAGAUGCGGUUUGGAAACGCAUCCAGCAGAACACCUUCUUGCGAUGGGUAAAUCAGCACCUGACGCAAGUAGAGAAGACAAUAGCAUCGCUCGAGACCGACUUCGCUGACGGGAUUCGCUUCAUUGCUUUGCUGGAAGUUCUUUCGGGAAAGAAAUGCCCGUACAAGUUCUCCAAAAGACCCACCGUCCGAGGUCAGAAGCUGGAGAACGUGUACGUUGGCCUGAAGUUCCUCACCGAUGACGAAGGCCUAAAACUUGUCAACAUCGACUCAUCGGAUAUCGUGGACUGCAAACUGAAACUGAUCCUGGGUCUGAUCUGGACGCUCAUUCUUCACUACUCCAUCUCCCUCCCCAUGUGGGAAGGUGACGAUGAGAAUCUCCUCGAAGGAAAAGCGAAAACACCCAAGGACCGACUCCUCAAGUGGAUCCAAUCAAAGAUUCCCGAUAAAUCUGUGAAGAACUUCACCAAAGAUUGGAACGAUGGAACGACUUUGGGCGCUCUUGUCGAUGCCUUGGCGCCGGGACUGUGUCCCAACUGGCAGAAAUGGGAUCCCAAGGACAACGUCAGGAAUAUCAAGGAAGCCAUGGAUGCCGCCGAAAAAUGGCUGGGUGUAGCUCCGCUCAUCGAUCCGGAUAACAUGGCGAACCCUAAAGUCGACGAGCUCUCGAUGAUGACUUACCUGUCUCAGUUCCCCAACGCAAAGCUGAAGGAAGCCGCGCCUCUGAAGCUGGAAACCAAUCCCAAGAAAGUCCGCUGCUUCGGUCCUGGCAUUGAGCCCAAAGGUGUCACGUGCGGUGCCCCGACCACCUUCACCAUCGAAACGUUCGGGGCUGGCGAAGGCGACCUCGAGGCCUGGGUAGAGGACGAAAAAGGCAACAAGACCAAGGUCGACAUCAAACUGGAAGAUGAAGGCAAAAAGCGCUGGAAGGCGAGCUACACUCCGAAAACCCAGGGCGCCCACAAAGUGUUCGUCAAGUUCGCCGGCCAAGAUGUUCCGAAAGCUCCUUUCGCCGUGAACAUCGAAGGCACGCCCGGAGACCCCAAGAAAUGCGUUGCGUCCGGUCCCGGUAUCGAGCCCAAAGGUCGACCCGCGGGUAAACUCACGCACUUCGACGUCAAAACGACCGGCGCUGGAUUCGGUCAGGUUGAGUGCGUUAUCACGGACCCUGAAGGGAAAACUUCAGCGGUUCCCAUGAAGCUCACCAAGGUUGCGGAUGAUUUGUACAAAUGCGAGUACUGCCCCGUGAAGCCCGGUCCGCACACCGUUCAGGUCUUGUUCGCUGGAAAACCGAUACCGAAAGCCCCAUUCAAGGUCAACGUGGGACUGCCAUGCAACCCCCGCCGCGUGAAGGCGUCCGGACGCGGUCUCCAGAAGAAGGGAGUGCGUGUCGGAGACGUUGCCGACUUCAAAGUCCUGACCACCGAUGCCGGCGAUGGCAACGUUGAGGUGGAAGUCACUGAUCCUGAUGGCAAACUCUUGCCCGUAGAAAUCAAACAGACCAAAGACGAUCGCUAUGAUGUCACCUACAAGCCCGUCAAAGAAGGUCCGCACAAGGUCGUGGUCAAAUACGGCGGUGACGAGAUCCCCAAAGCGCCAUACGAGGUGGGGGUUGGUCCUUUCAAAGAAUCUAAGAUCGUAGCCUACGGCCCGGGACUGAAGGGGGGUGUCACCGAGAAGCCCGCCAAGUUCACGGUCGAUACCAACGGAGAGACCGGCUCGCUGAGUUUCACCAUCGAAGGCCCAUCGAAAUGCUCGAUUCAAUGCGAGGAUCUUGGUGAUGGAUCUGCCGGUGUGACGUAUACACCCAGCGCGCCAGGAGACUACGUCAUUCAUAUUUUGUGCGACGGCGAGGAUAUUCCGAAAUCGCCAUACGUCGCAACCAUCGAACCCGAGAAAGAAUUCGAUCUCACUAAGGUCAAAGCUUUCGGUCCGGGGCUCAGCCCAGGCGUUCAGCAGGACAAGCAAGUCGAGUUUACCGUGGACUGCAAAGCGGCAACUGCGAAGCCAGAGUCGGAUCCCGAUGUCUCGGUGGAAAUCCAUAAUGAGAACUAUGAGCCGAUUCCAGUCACCGUGAAGUCAAACAAGAACGGAACUGUCACCUGCUCGUACAAGCCCAAAGACGACGGAAAAUACACCGUGUGUGUGAACUACAACGGGUGUGCGAUUCCCGACAGCCCCUUCAAGGUCGAUGUGACAGCUAGCGCGGAUCCUCUGAAAGUGAAGGUCUACGGACCGGGCGUUGAAAAAGGAGUCAAAAGCAGCACUCCCACAAAGUUCUUCAUAGAUUGCAAGAACGCAGGCUCCGCCAAGCCCAAGGUGAAAAUCACAAAUGAAGACGGCGACGAGGUGAAGGUCAAGAUGACGGAUAACAAGGACGGCACCUUCACCUGCGAGUACAAGGCUCCCACGCCUGGAAACCAUUUCGUAACUGUCGAGCAAGGCGGAAAACCCGUGCCUGGAUCGCCUAUCAAGGUCGCUGUCGAACCUCACAUGAGCACCAAGGAUGUCGUCGUGAGCGGACUUCAACCGGUCAUCUUCACCAACGCAAUCAACGAGUUCCAAGUGGAUACGUCGAAGCUCCCCAAACCGGAUGAUCAUAAGAUCGAGUGCACAAUCGUAAAGCCUGACGGUUCUCGCCAAUUGGCCAAGGUGGAGUCGACUGGUAACGGAAAAUUCAAGGUCACCCACAUUCCGAAAGAAGUUGGUACCUGCGAAUAUAAAGUGACGGUCGACGGCAUACCCGUUCCGGACAGUCCGUUCCCCGUCAAGGUGGAGAGCGGUUGCGAUCCAUCUAGGGUCAAGGUCUACGGGCCUGGAAUCGAGUUCGGGAAGGUGAACGAAGAAAACAAAUUCACCGUCGAGACCAAAGGUGCCGGGACAGGAGGCCUCGGGCUCUCGAUCGAAGGCCCGACCGAAGCGAAGAUGACCUGCGUCGAUAACAGGGACGGGACAUGCACCGUGACAUAUGUGCCUGACACCGAGGGAGUUUACCGCAUCGGGGUCAAGUUCGCCGGUCAGGACGUUCCGGGGAGCGUUUUCGAAGUCCCCGCUGCUAAGAGUCUCGACGUAUCGAAAGUCACCUGCUCGGGCCCCGGACUCGAAGAGGGCAAAGUUCGCGCCGGCGUUCCGCAGAACUUCACCGUGGACACCAAGGCUGCCGCCGGCGGAGGGAAACUCCCGGUCAGCGCUACCGUCACGUCCUCGGGGUACUCCGCAGAUGGAACCGCGUGUCCUGUAGAGGUCACGGACAUCGGCGAUGGGAAGUUCUCGGUCGAUUAUAUCCCACCUGAAAAUGAAGGCGCCGCAUGCAAGAUCGAAGUCCGCGCUGCUGGCAAGGAAGUGCCGAAGAGCCCGUUCAACCUGAAGCUUAAGCCGAAGGCAGAACCUAACAACAUAAAAAUGGUGGGAGCUCCGCCGAAAGAGGUCCCUUGCUCGAUUCCUCAGGAGUUCGUCAUCGACACCACGGACGCCGGAGCUGGGAAACUCGACAUCGACGUCGUAAGUCCGAAUGGAGAGGUCCGACCAGCAAAAACCAGGAUGCUCCCGGACGGCAAGACUAAGGUCUUGUUCGUUUGCGAUACCCCCGGCAAGAAUAAGAUCGUCACCAAGUACGACGAUAAGGAAGUCAAACAGUGCAGCUUCCAGGUGGACGCCAAGAAAGCCGGAGAUCAUUCGAAAUGUAUUUUCGAUGAGAAUUCUAUUCCGAAGGCGGUGGCUGUCGGUAAGGACUACGAGGUCAAAGUGGACACCCGAGGUGCCGGUGAAGGACGGCUCACGGGAUCGAUAACCAAAGUGGGCUCGAAAACGAAGAGCGUCACAGAUUGUAGUGAAGUCGAUACGAUCGUCCACAAGGACGGAACUCAGAGCGUCCGUUUCAAGGUCAAGGAGAAGGGAGAAUACAACUUCGACCUUAAGUUCGGAGGGGAAAAAAUCACGAAAACCACUAAGAUCGUGACGACGCAAGAAGUUUACGAGGAGAGCACAACAACAACAAGCUACCGCAAAGAGACCAAGACCACCAAGAAGUUCCACGGCCUCCAACUCACCAAUCUUCCUACACGUCACAAGAACAGUGCUGACGUCGACGCUUUCGUCAAAAUGCCGUCCGGAGGAAUCGACAGGCCUGUGAUCGUCGACAACCAAGACGGAACCGUGUCCAUCCGCUACGAUCCCCGCGAAGAGGGCUGUCACGAACUGCACGUAAAAUUCAACGGCGAGCACAUUCAGGGCAGUCCCUUCAAGUUCAACGUCGACUCGAUCUCGUCCGGAUACGUUACCGCCUACGGCCCUGGCUUGGUUCACGGGAUCGCGAACGAGCCCACUCAGUUCCACAUCUCGACCAAGGGUGCCGCAUCCGGAGGACUCAACGUCGCCGUUGAGGGUCCGAGCAAGGCCGAUAUCAACUACCACGACAAUCGCGACGGCACGGUGACGGUGACGUAUCUGCCCGCGGCACCGGGUGACUACAAGAUCACGAUCAAAUUCGCCGAUGAGCACAUCAAGGGAUCGCCCUUCACCGCGAAGGUCACUGGCGAAGGCCGCAAACGCGCCCAGAUCUCCGUGGGUCACUCUUCUGAGGUUUCGCUGAAGGUCCAAGAGAAGGAUAUCAAGACCCUCAAUGCCUACAUCGUAGCCCCGAACGGUCUCGAGGAGCCGUGCUUCCUUAAGCAGCUGCCCAACGGCCAGCUAGGAAUUUCUUUCACGCCCCGUCUCACUGGAGACCACCAAAUCCACGUCCGUCGGCAGGGACAGGAGAUAACUGGAUCGCCCUUCAAGAUCAGUGUCCUGGAUUGCGAAAUCGGAGACUCAACCCGAGUCCAGACUUCUGGAGCCGGUUUGAUCCAAGGAAUCACUCAGAAAGCCAACGAGUUCGUCAUAAAUACCAAGGACGCCGGUUAUGGAGGUCUGUCCAUCUCGAUGGAAGGACCCUCAAAGGCUGAUAUCAAAGUCAAGGACAAUGAGGACGGAACGGUGAAAGUGAAUUACGUUCCAUCGGAGCCCGGAUACUACAUUCUGAACGUGAAGUUCGCUGAUCACCACGUGCGAGGAUCUCCUUUCACGAUCAAAGUUGACGGUGAAGGUUCCAACGUCCAACGAGAAAGAAUUAAGAAACAGCGCGAGGCAGCUCCGAUUUCCGAUGUCGGACAAGAGUGCAAAUUGAUCUUCAAAAUGCCCAACUCGUGUGCUCUCGACAUGGACGCAAAGGUUCAGGGCCCCGGAGGCGACACGAACCCGGCGUGCAUUCGGGAUUCCGACGAUGAGGCCUUCGAGGUCGCGUUCGUGCCCAAAGUCGCUGGCGUCCACACCGUCACCGUGCGCCACAAGAAGUUCCACAUCCCGGGAUCACCCUUCCAAUUCACUGUCGGACCUCUCCGGGACUUCGGAGCCCAUCGAGUCCACGCAGGGGGUCAAGGACUCGAGCGGGGUAUCGCGGAUGAGCCAUGCGAGUUCAAUAUCUGGACUCGUGAAGCUGGCGCCGGGGCGCUCGCGGUGUCCGUUGAGGGACCCUCGAAGGCCGCUAUCGACUUCAAGGAUCGCAAAGAUGGAUCCUGCUAUAUAUCGUACAAAGUCACUGAUCCGGGAGAGUACCGAGUCGGAAUCAAGUUCAACGAUCAGCACAUCCCCGACUCACCUUUCAAGGUUUAUGUCAUGCCGCCGGCUGGCGAUGCCGCUCAGAUCGAGCUUGCGAACGUUCCCGAUUCUAUCAAAGUCAACACUCCCGUCAAUCUUAGCUUGCGCAUGAACGGCGCCAAGGGAACCCUCGAUGGAGAAGUUGUCGACCCAUCGGGCAAGAAAGACGAUUGCUUCAUGUGCUGUCUCGAUGCGGACGAGUGGGCCCUGCGCUUCCUGCCGAAAGAAAAUGGCGUCCAUCACAUCCAUAUCCGCUGCGACGGUGUCCAUAUUCCUCAAUCCCCCUUCAGGGUCUUGGUCGGCACCGACGACGCUGAUCCUGCCGCUGUCAACGCCCACGGUCCCGGCUUGAAGGAAGCAAUCGCCGGCCAGAAGACGGACUUCAUCGUGGAUACGACCGCUGCCGGCAUUGGCAAGCUCAAGGUCCAGGUCGAUGGACCGACAAAGGUUUCUAUGGAUUGCACAGAGAUCGACGAGGGCUACAAGGUCCACUACACUCCCCUUGCGCCUGGCGACUACUUCAUCGCUGUUAAAUACAAUGGCUACCACGUAUGCGGAUCGCCCUUCAAGGUCAGCGUCAGCGGUGAGGCCACUCGAACCUCCGCCGGAGGUCUCGUUGCCGCCAAUGUCGCCGAGAGCUCGAACGUCGAGCUGGACACCGUCCGCAAACAAGGCACCGCGAAGGCCGAUCGUCUGCCCGCUUUCAAGUCGGACGCGAAACGCGCCACCUCUAAGGGUUUGGGUUUGAAGAAGGCGGUCAUGGGACGCGCGAACACCUUCACCGUCGACUGCAGCAACGCCGGGAACAACAUGCUCUACUGUAGCGUUUUCGGACCUAAAGGUCCUUGCGACGAGACCUUCGUCAAGCACAUGGGCCGCAACAUGUACAAUGUGACCUAUCAAUGCAAGGAAAGAGGAGACCACAUCAUAAUGGUGAAAUGGGGAGACGAGAACAUCCCCGGCUCCCCCUUCAAGGUCAUUGCUGCUUAAGGCAACGGAACUUCGCAAGGUUUUUGAUGUAAGCUUCAUCAUGCGUCCGGAGCUUCGUUGUGAACGUUCGUGGGACUCCGGGGCGAUCUCCGAGCUCGUAUCGACUUGACGAUACAGAGAUUAGGAAGAUUUCCGACGCCGCGCUCGUCCACCGAUCGAGUUCGGAUUCUGGAUCGUAGCAUCUAAAAGAGCUCAAGUCAUUGAUAUCAUUCAAGGAAUACUCUGAAGGGUGUAUUUAUUAUUAUUGACAAGCAUUUCCCGCUCAU